AUGACUGGCCACAUUGAUUUGAGGUCGCCGAGUUUGUGGCAACGCAUUUGGAAUCGCAACUUUCAGGCGAAGGAUUUAUAUGGCAGCAUAAGGGUCCUCAUUGGCAUGGCCUUAGUCCUGGGCAUAACCCCGUAUCACGUCACCCGCGACGGUUACCACCGGGAGCGUGUGAUGCGGGAAUCGUGGUAUGGAUUCGCGAAUGCCAUCAGUCGUUGGCUAAUCUUCGCCUAUUGCUACACCCACGCUAAUCUCAACAGUGAAUCCCUAAUUGGCUACUUUAUGAGCAAUCACAUCUCCCAGAUGAGCGCCCGCAUUCACGAUAUCGCUGGCAUUAUAGCUGCCGUUAUAAUCUUCAUUGCGCCUCUCUUCUUGCGUCAUCAACUGCGUCGCACCAUUGAGAAUCUGGUGAGGAUCGAUCGACAUCUGUUGCAUUUGAAUUGUGCGGUGGAUUAUCCUCGUGUACAGUUUGAGUCGUGGAAAAUGUUUUUAGUAAUCUUGACUCUGGAUGGCACCAUCGUUAUCGUCUGCCUGGCCUGCUUUGCCCACAUGGGCGUGUCGUGGCAGCUUACCUUCAUCAUGAUCUAUGAACUGGUCACCAUAUCCAUGUCCAUUGUCAUGUUCUGUAUGUUGGCUCUGGCGAUACGACGUCGAAUAUCGCGAUUACAUAAGCAAUUGUCAGUAUCCAAAUACUGCCUGGACUCGCUGUUUACGCCCAACUCACUUCACGUCAUUCAAAUUGUUGUCGCAUAUUAA